AUGAUUAAUCAAAAUUAGGAUGUAAGCAUAGUAAAAAAUAAUCAAAAUCAGCAUUCAAGUUUCGAAUAUAGUGACCAAGAUUAAAAUGAAAGAUUUGAAUAAAAUUAGCAUUUUUAAAAAGCCAUAAGACAUUACUCUUUAAGAUUGAAUGUAAAAAAAGUUUAAAAUUAUGAUUUUCUUAAUCUAAAAAAAACAUAAAUAAUCAAACAAAUUUUUAACAAUGAAAUAAAUAAUGAUAUUACUCAAACUUUCUAAAUUUAAUAAAGCAUUAUAAAAGCAUAAUCGUUGUUGUAUUAUGCAAAAAUACAUUUAGAGAAUUAAACUUAUUCUAAUAUUUCUGAAAUUUUACCUCAUUAUAGUAAUUUUUAGGAAAAUAAAUAAUUUUUGGAAAUGGUUGAUAAUCUAUUAAAAAGUAAACAAAUAACAGAUUAAAAUCGAUCAUAAAAUCAAGAUGGAAAUAUGUAUUCGUUUAAAUAACUAGAUUAAAUUGAACAAUAGAAGUAUUAAGCAGUAUGAAAAUUUUCAUAAUUUGUAGGUUACUGCAUGGAUGUAAAAUAUGUCUCCAAAUUCUCCAGAGUUUUUUAAUUUUUAUGUAUAAAUAUAUGAAGUCUAUCAAGGAUUAGAAUAAAUUUUGAAAUAAUAAUAAGAUUAAGAAAAAAAAGGAGUAAAAUAAGACUAUCAAAACAUUAUUUUAUUGCAUCAAAAUGAAAAUUAAAAAUGUGAUACAUUAUUGCAUGUUAGUUCAUUUGUUUAAAAUCUUUUAAUAUAAAAUAAAAGACUUAAAAAUUCUGAAAGCUAUCAUAUGUUGUAUAUCAAUUUUACAGGUGAAAAUUAAUAAUAGCAUCUUGAUUUUUGGAAUUUUUUUAAUUAUAAUAAUAAAAGAUUCUCAAAAUAUAUUUCAUUUAUCCCAUUAAGUAAAAGGGUAAAUAAUAAUGAAUAAUAAAUUUAAAAUGAAAACAAUGAUACUGAUAAAGAAGAAGAUUAUGAAAAUUGUUUUUAAAAUUUACAUGAAUAAUAAAAAAUAUUUAAUAGAUAAAAACAAAAUAAAUAAAGCAUUUCAUAAUAGAUAUUUCCUAUUUUAUACGAUUAAGCUUUAUCAGAACAGUAGAUUCAAAUAAUAUAUUCUAUGUUUUUACAGCCCAUAUUAAAUUCAUUUAAUCCAAAAUUUAUUUAUUUAGAUUUAUAAGUCUCAAGUUAAUUUUAAUUUGAAUAUAAUGGAAUCGAAUAUUUAUUAAGAUAAUUAUAAAAAUAAGCAAAUGUUAUUGUAUAUUUGAGAUAUAAAUAUGAGUCUUCAAUAUAGAAUUUAUAAUAUUAGCAAAAUGUAGCAGGUAGUGAAAUGUAUAAUUCUUAUUUAAAUGCAAUUGUAUAUGGUAUAUCUGGUUUUAAAAAAAUAAAAUUGACAACUUUUUAUGAUAACACUCCAAAUAAAAUUAUUCAAUGGGCUGAUAGAAUGUAAAAAGCUUUUUAUUAAUACCAUAAAUUUUUCGAAAAUUAAGUACUUUAUUUAAAAAAAUAAAUCUCAUAAUUUGAUAAUUUAGCAUUGAUUUAUGAUAUUUACUAAUUUGCGAUAAGAUUAUAAUUAGAUUUUAUCUAAUGGAUAUUUCCUCAAGAUUUAUAUAGGUCAAAUUAAAGUUUUACAAGCUCUCAUUGUUUUUAUGAUUAAAAUAUCAUUAUUUUAUUUAAUUAGAAUGAUUUUUCAGUUCACUCUUAAGAAAUUUAGACUAUUGUAAAAUACGAAAACAACAGCCAAAUCUAAAAAAUAUUGUAAUUUGAUUCUAAUAUUCUAGCAACACAUUAUAAAUGCCAAAAAAUUUAAUUGAGCCAAGCAUAUUGGUUAUAGGAAAAUAUUUAAUUAUUGCAUAUGGUUAUGAAUGUUAAAUUAAUAACAUUUAAUUUUUCGAUGGAAUUUUGGUGUUUGAUUUAAAUUAACUUGAAGAAUUUGAUGAGAUUAAAAGAAUCAAUAAGGCUCCUUCAACAAAAAUUUUUAAUUCUGAAAAUCUCUUAAAUUGUAUUGAGAAUAGAAGAUGUCCACAAAUAUGCUAAAAUAAUGGAUUUCAUUAGGAUGAUCAUUAUUUAUCUUUUAUACUUAUUGGUGGUGAAUCCAUUAAGUAAUUAUUAUUUUAUAAUUAGAUCUAAUCUUAUAAUGAACAUUAUAGAGGUAGUUUUUAUUAAUUUGAAAACUAAAACAUUUUGUUCUUAUGCUCUAAAUAAUAUGAAAUUAUCUCUAUAUACAUCAUUAAAAUCUUGGCCCCAUUAAAUAGUUUUAGAAUAUUCUAUAUAGAAAAAGCAUCUUUAUUUGAUUUUAACAGGAAAUGAUGUAUUAAAAUUAAAUCCAUAUUCAUUUCCAAUAAAUCCAUGCUAUCAUAAUUAAUCAUAGCUAUUGGUUUAAUAAGAUGAUUCAUUUAAACUUUACAAUAUACUUAUUAAAAGAUAAAAUUAACACUAUUUUAAAAUUGAACAACUUUACAAUAAUUCUAGAAAUUGGAUUCUUGAACAAAGUGAAUGCACUGAUAUCUAAAUAGUAUGGAAGGCAUAUAUUACAACGAUAGUAGAUUUUAAAAAUCCUACAAAUUGUGAAAUCUUAAACCCUUUUAAAGAGAAGUUUUAAAAAUAGAAUCCAAAUAAUUCAUAUUACAUUUGCAUAGAACUUAAAAUUUAAUUGCUUAUUCCAAAUAAUGAUCAUGACUAUUAAGCUUAUACAGUUUAAAUGGAAUGGAAAAUAGUUUCUUUAUAAAUUAUUGAAAGGUGA